UGAUAUAAUACAUAUAUUUGAUAUUUGGUUAGCAGCAAGUCCAAAAGUUGAUUAUUUGUUUUCUGCUUAUCGAAUUGAGAGUUGACAAUGUCUAUCGGCUCUCCCAUCGAACAGUCGAUUUUCCCCCUAGUACGGUAUAGUCGAAUACUAGCUUUAUCAUCCUUGGUUGAAUUAGUCAAUGUCAACUCAAUAAAUCGACUGUCUGCAAGAAAUUCUCGACCUCUUUCUUCGACUUUUAAUUUUUCGGAAAUUUAUGUUUUGCUUUUGCUUGUUGCUGUAUGGUUUUUGUUAUGUUAUGUAAAAUGCAUUACUUUGUUGUUUUUAAUUGAAAUAUCGUGUUAUCUCAAUUUAUAAAAUAAAUUAUAACCAUGGGUGAACAUAGCAAAUCAACUCCUCGGCUCAACUUGAAGUCAAAAACAUUACAGUGUAAAAAUCUUCACGAUUACUUGAAAACUUUACCGACCGGUGUGCUUGAUAGACUUUACAAUCAUCCAACCACUUGUCUGGCCGUUUUUAAAGAACUACCAGAUAUUGCCAAACAUUAUGUUAUUAGAAUGUUGUUUGUAGAGCAGCCGGUACCUCAAGCAGUUAUAGCUUCUUGGGUUUCUCAGCUACAUGCUCAAGAACAUAAAGAAGUAGCGAGCACAUUGAGCGAAUUGAGGGUGUGGCAGGAAGCAAGUAUUCAAGGUGGUUUGCCCGGAUGGAUCCUGAAUCCAACUUUCAAAAAGAACGCAAAAAUUGCACUGCUUGGCGGUGGGAAAGCGUGGACAAUGUCUGCUGCGCUGGAGGCGGACGCUAAGCCGCGUGACGUGAGCUACCUGGACAAGUACGCGAUGGAGCGGUGGGAGUGUGUGCUGCAUUACAUGGUCGGCUCACAACAGCAGGAGGGCAUUUCCGCCGAUGCCGUCCGCAUUCUCCUACAUGCCGGCCUCAUGAAGAGAGAUGAAGAAGAUGGCAGUCCUGUGAUAACCCGUGAAGGCUUUCAGUUCCUGCUACUGGACACACCGGCGCAAGUAUGGUAUUUCAUCCUGCAAUACCUGGACACGGUCGAGUCGAGAGGCCUCAACCUGGUCGAGUGUCUCACGUUCCUUUUCCAGCUCAGCUUUAGUACUCUCGGCAAGGAUUAUAGCACAGAUGGAAUGAGCGAAGGUCUACUGAUGUUUCUGCAGCAUUUGCGAGAAUUUGGACUGGUUUACCAAAGAAAAAGGAAAGCAGGCAGAUUUUACCCGACACAGCUGGCUCUCAAUAUGGCGUCGGGCGAUAACAGGUCUGCGAGUCACGGCUCGGCCAGGGAGGGAUACAUUGUUGUCGAAACCAACUACCGCGUCUACGCCUACACCGACUCCAACCUGCAGGUCGCACUGCUUGGCCUCUUCUGCGAGAUGAUGUACAGGUUUCCGAACCUAGCAGUGGGCAUCCUAACCAGGGACUCAGUGCGCAUGGCACUUCGCAGCGGAGUGACAGCUGCGCAGAUGGUGGGCUUUUUGCGUCUGCACGCGCAUCCACGCAUGGUGCAGGCCGGACCCCCCACUCUUCCGCCAACCAUCGUCGAUCAGAUACAGCUGUGGCAGAACGAACGUGACCGGUUCCUAUUCACCGAGGGAGUUCUCUACAGCCAGUUCUUGUCACAGGCUGACUUCGAAGUGCUCAGGGACUAUGCUCAGGACAUAGGCGUGCUCACCUGGCAGAAUGAUAGGCGCCGAACUAUGGUUGUAACCAAACAAGGGCAUGAUGAAGUGAAAAAGUUUUGGAAAAAACAUUCAAAAGGCAACGGUUCUUGAUUUACAGGAGAGCAACUGUGAUUAUUCGAAUUUCAACCAGGCUAGUUUAGUUAUAAGUGUGUUUGUAUAUAUUUUGUACCAAACAAUGUACCAAUUAAACUAAUUGUACUAUAUA